AUGUACGAUCGGCUUAAGCUGUCGGCCAGCAGUCUUGAAAGUGGCUUCGGUGAGAGUGGUUCAACGUAGCGCGCCUCGUCGUCAACGUCGUCGGAAACUUGAAUUUUCUACGGAUUCCACGCGCUACAAAAAAAAACGAUAUCAAUUAAUACUUUAUAUUAUUACUUUUAACCUGUAAACGUGUUCAACAUCAACGGAAUUUUCAACUGGUGGAUAAUUUUUCUGUAAUUUUGUGUGCCGUUCGAUAAAUAAACAAUAGCAGCAACAGCAGACGUGAUCCAACAUGAGGCCAUUGCUGAGCCUAAUACUAGUGCUCAGCGUCCUGAUCGGUCCAAUAAUCACAUUGCCAAAUGGUGCGCCAGAGAGCGUGUGUGACACAAUGCUUCCCUUUCAUGGUGGCGGUAUUCCCCCGUUAACGACAGCGUCACCGUUCCGGAUAACACCGGUCACGUCGGUCGUCGGUAGCGGCCAAGAGCUGCAGAUCGAAAUCGAAUCCUUCCCCGCCAAUGUUGUGUUCAAGGGCUUCAUGAUUCAGGCCCGUAACCGUUUUCCACCGAACGAAGUGCUGGGCCAGUUCGAGCUGACCGACGAGAGCGCCGUCAAGCUGAUCAACUGCGCAGGCGAAUCCAACACUGCCACCCACACCAACACGAACACUAAGAAGGAUCUUGCCCUGGAGUGGAUAGCUCCUUCCAAUUUCAAAGGAGAAGUUGUGUUCAACGCUACCAUUGCUCAGGAGUACGACAAGUUUUGGGUUGGGCUGGUAUCUACUCCGGUGAAGAUAGUAGAAAGUGGUCAGAAUCCUCCUCCUGUGGUAGGAAUUUCCACUACGCGACAACCACCUUCGACCACAACUGUGCCUCCAUAUGUUGCACCUACUUCUGCUGCAACCGACAACAGCGAUCCAAUUUACGAGGGCUGUGGAAGUACCAAAGGUUGCUUCGGGUUCCCCGAAGGAUGUGUUUCAAGUCGAAACUGUCAGGCAGUUGUUGCCACUAUUGUGCAAGGAGAACGCUACAUUUUCGAAAUGAAGUCUGGACACAAUCGUCCUGCUUACAUUGCCGUGGGUCUCUCCAACGAUGCAAAGAUGGGUGAUGAUUCUGUAGUGGAAUGUGUCCCCGAACAAGGCACUGUCAAUGCCUAUGCUUCAUGGACAUCCGCCGGUCCGUAUGGUGUAUCUCGUCAGGGUAUUGCCCAGAACUUUAUUCGUCUACUGGAGAAGUCAUACGUUGAUGGUGUGAUCCAUUGCAAGGUUGAACGUGACGCCGUUACCACCGUCAAAGGACAGAGAUUUGAUUUGAUCAACGGAAAAUAUCAUCUGUUGCUGGCAACAGGAAAAAAAGCUGAUUCAACCCAUGUGUCCUACCACGACAUCGGUCGUCAUGUAUCCGGAGUUCCACUGGCGUUGGCUGAAGUUGGUCCAGUUCAAGGAGCCUCCAAACUGCUGCUUCGCUUGCACGGAGCUUUUAUGUUGACUGCCUGGAUUGGAACAGCAUCACUUGGAAUGCUUUUGGCACGAUAUUUCCGUCAGACCUGGGUUGGAAGCCAACUGUGUGGAAAGGAUCAAUGGUUUGCUUGGCACAGAUUUCUGAUGGUAUUGACCUGGGCUCUGACUGUGGCUGGUUUUGUUAUCAUCUUUGUGGAAAUUGGAGGCUGGUCGAAGGUGGAUAAUCCUCAUGGCAUCCUGGGAGUGGUAACCACAGUGCUUUGCUUUUUGCAACCGAUUGGCGCCUACUUCCGACCACACCCGGGCACCAAACGGAGGCCACUGUUCAACUGGCUCCACUGGCUGGGUGGAAAUCUGGCCCACAUCAUCGCAAUCAUUGCCAUAUUUUUUGCCGUUAAACUGCAGAAGGCAGAGUUGCCAGAUUGGUUGGAUUUCAUUCUGAUUGCGUUCGUUGCCUUCCACGUGUUUAUGCAUUUGAUCUUCUCGAUUUUCUCUUGGAUACAGAUCGGAGGCUGCGUUAGUGAACGGCGCAACAAUCAACGGGUGACAUCCUUGCAGAUGGCAGAUAUGACUCCAUCGCGGAAUUCGAUGAGCUCGAUGGAUCGCAAACAGGAUGCAGCGUUCUCCGGCUUCCGGAAAGUAAUGCUGUUCUUCUACAUACUCAUCAUCGCAGCAUUUGUGAUUGCCCUGGUGGUUAUCGCGGUGCUGGCACCAAUCAAUGAUGCCGUCGAGAGCAUAAAGAAGCAGAUUAUGAACCAGUAGCUCACAUGCUUCAGACCCAAUUAUUUACCAGACGGAAACCAGUAUGCUUUGGAUUGCUAAUUUACGGUGUACUAUCGUUGGAGACGGAUUCUACCGUCAUAAUUGCCCCAAAUGUGACGCACAGUGUCGCUUUCUCUGUACAUUUCAACAAUCCCUAUUUUCAGAACUCUCAUGUAGAUAAGUAUGUACAGUUCAGUAAUUAUUUGUAUUAGCGAUUGCAGGCUCCUGUUUUAGGAACAACUGUAUAGAACUCGGAACAAUCAGUAACAGAUUAUAAGGAAAAAGUUCACCCAUGCUGUAUAGUUAGGAAAAAAGCGUCAGACAGCAUGUAGUUGUUAUUAACAGAUGAGCAGUCAGAAAUGUGCCAUCUUGCACAGAGCGAAAUAAAAAAUUGUAUUGCAGAACACCCCACCAUUCAUUCAGGGAAUCAGUAUUUAAUGCGAGAUGGACAUGGCUGGCAAGUUUUUGAUAUAUAAAUGUAUUUUGUUUCGUAUUAUUAUAUAUUUUAAAUAAUUCGUGUAUUAACGAAACUCAAGCCAGGCUACAUUACAUAAGCAAAAUUAAAAUGAAAAAUAACAUAUCGUAUUUGAUUAAAGCAUUUCAUUAAUAAGGAACAUUCGUAUAUUAAGAUAUGAAAACAGUUUGAAAUAAAUGUUGCCAUCCAUCAAUUCA